CCUUACGCCAAGGGCGCGCUCCUCCCCCCUCAGGGAUAGCGGGGCUGCUUUACAUCACUUGCGCAACUGCCUUCAGUGAAUUGCGGAGGGCGCGCGGCCGGCGUGUCGCUACGUCCGCAACUAGGUCCGGCCCCCACCUCGGCGCAGGGAGCCGAGAAACGGUCGCGCAGUUUGAAAUUAACGCCGGCAGGCGGGGCCUGGGCCGCAGCGCAGGCGGCCGGCCCUCUCCGCCCCGGCGCGCUCCCCGCGGCUACGCCUUCGCCCGUCCCAUCUCCGGCUGCUCGAGCCACACCAACCCCUGUGCCCGGCCCCAGGGGCGCGGGCUCGGCCCCUCCCGGAGGGACCUGAAGCUCCAAGCCCGACACGCGCUGCCCCAGGCCUCGGGACCCCGCUGUUCCGCCCCCCCACCCCGAAGGCCCCGGGCGAGGAGGUGGGCGGAGCCAAGCUUGGCGCGCUGGGCGACGCGGGGAGAAAGAGCGAGGCCUCCGCAAUCCCGCCGGCCGCCCCCCUCCCGCAGGAGACCCCCCCCGGGCGCCACGCUGCGGACGCAAAAAAUGGGAAAGAAACAGAAUGGGAAGAGUAAAAAAGUUGAAGAGGCAGAGCCUGAAGAAUUUGUGGUAGAGAAAGUGCUGGACCGCCGUGUAGUGAAUGGGAAGGUGGAGUAUUUCCUCAAGUGGAAGGGGUUCACAGAUGCUGAUAAUACUUGGGAACCAGAAGAAAAUUUAGAUUGUCCAGAAUUAAUUGAAGCAUUUCUUAAUUCUCAAAAAGCUGGUAAAGAAAAAGAUGGUACAAAAAGGAAAUCUUUAUCUGACAGUGAAUCUGAUGAUAGCAAAUCGAAGAAGAAAAGAGAUGCUGCUGACAAGCCAAGGGGCUUUGCCAGAGGUCUUGAUCCUGAACGAAUAAUCGGUGCCACAGAUAGCAGUGGAGAAUUAAUGUUUCUCAUGAAAUGGAAGGACUCAGAUGAGGCUGAUUUGGUGCUGGCAAAGGAGGCGAAUAUGAAGUGUCCUCAGAUUGUCAUUGCCUUUUAUGAGGAGAGGCUGACUUGGCAUUCUUGUCCUGAAGAUGAAGCGCAAUAAUUGUUUGCAUUUUUAUAUAUAUUUAUAUAUAUAUAAAAUCUGGAUCUUGGGUUUUGAAUUACUAGUGUGAAAAAAUAGCGUUCUAAUGAAAAUCAAGUUUGAUAUGCUGGUUUUGAAAGUAUUGACAGUAGUUGGGAUAUUUUUGGGUUUUGUUCUGCAUCAAAAGGCACUGAUUCCAUUGAGCAAAUAAGAGCUUUCUGUAGUUGCUUCCUUUAACAAUAGAAUAUUUGAUACCAUGUUGUAUUUCCUCAGCUUUGAAGAACAGCUUUUCUUAAAUGCUAGGGAGAUUUUACAGUCAGUACUCUAUUGGAACUUAUUUUUAACUGGGACACGGAAGGACCAUUCAUGGUUUUUUGUUUGUAUGCGUGUAUAUGCAUAAAACACUUAGGUAACUGUUUUUUCUUUUGUCUUGUUUUUUAAUACUCAAAAGAACUAGAGAUGAAAAUACAAGUUGAUGAGAUUCCAUUGUUAUGAACAUUUUCCUGAAACUAUAACCUUUCAAAUUAAGCAGAUUCUCUACUUCCUUGGACAGUUUUUGUUGGAUAGUUUAAAAGCAACCACCAGAAUGUCUGUAUUAUCAUGUGAAUACAGUAGUUUAUUUACAAAAUUUUGUCCAUACUAACUGCCCCUUCAGAAAAUGGACUUAGACAAAAUAGUAUGAUUUAAUGACAAGAUUUAAGCGGAGUGUGGUGGUGCAUGCUGUUAAUCCCUGCACACUGGAAGCAGAUGGAUCUCUGAUUUAGAGGCCAGCCUGGUCUGCAGAGCUCUAUCUAGGUCAGCUAGGAUGUGGUAAAGGCUCCUCUGGUGAGCAUUCCUUUGUAGAAAGUUGAAAUCGGUACUAAAAGGUUAUGUUUCAUGGAAUCUGUUUGCUGUGGAAAUGGGAUCAUGGUUAGAGAUGUUAGCAGUUUUAAAACAUGCUGACAUAGUGAACAAAAUUUGCUAAUGUCAAUUAAUGACUGCAUGCUUUUUCUUUACCCUGACUCAGUCCUUACUGGUAGGAUCAAUCUUUUCAGUAUUUGGUUCUGGUUUAACGAGCCAGAAAAGUAACUUUGUAGUAUCAGAAUGUCAUCCAACUGUAUAUUUACUUUAUUGUAAAUAAUGGUGAACAGUGGUCAAUAAAUAGUUUUAUAUUCCUUUAUGUGA